CGAAGUCACUUCGUACUUGGAAAGGAAGAUCGUUUCAAAAUGACUAAACGUGUGAGCAUAUUCGCAGCCUUUGUAAACGUGUUGGUGGCCUCUUCGAUGGCUGCAAAAUGUCCCGGAAACGCAAACUAUACUUUGACAUGGAAGGCCUCAUGGACUCGUGAUAAUCAUCCCAAUACACCGCUUCCAAGCGGUGCACAUUUCUCGAAUCUAAUCGGUUGUACUCAUGGAUCUGAUUACAUAAUGUGGCGGAGAGGAAUGAAUGCUUCUGCUGGUGUUAAAUCAGUGGCAGAACUAGGUCAAACUGGAACACUCAAAGCCGAAAUAGAAGCUCAGAAGUCUACGGGAAAGGUGUGGCAGCUCAUUCUGCCUGGGUAUGGCCUUGGUGCAGUAGAGGAAAGGACCGGUAUUCCAGUCAAGGUUACCUCCAACUUUUCAAGGGUGUCUCUGAUCAGUAUGCUCGCUCCAUCCCCCGAUUGGUUCAUAGGAAUUGACAGCCAUGAUCUCUGUGACAAUGGCCAAUGGCGAAAGACCUGGGACGUCACCAUGUUACCACCGUAUGAUUCAGGCACUGAUAGCGAGCCUACGUUUAUUGGCGAUCAACCAACAGUGCCACCUGUGCCAAUCUUCCGAAUCAAUCACACCAUGGAGGGUCCUUUUAAGGCCAAUAAUCCCAUCAAAAGCCUGGGGGAGUUUCGAUUCAUGCUUCAAGUGGAGACGGACAACUCCGGGAAGGAGAACUCGACCGAGAAGGAGAACUCGGCCGGCAAGGAUUGGGUUAAUUCGCUUAUGAUCGUUAUUGUUGCUUCCAUUCUGGCAUUUUUGCUUUAGGGUGCCAAAUAAUUUAAGUUUUUUUUUCCGUGUCUUAGUGGAGUGGAGUUUUUGGCCUUUUUCCUAGAGAGCUGAAUAGAAAACAAAUAAACAAAUGCGAUUCAUUUUCUUGAGUCGCAGAUUCCAUUCACUGUGAAAAGUUAGGGCUGGUCAGCUGUGAAAAGUUUUACUUGAUUCAGUAACUGUGGUUUCUUUUGGAAAACGUUGCAAGUUUCAUUCCCCUUCGAUCUUCCUCCAUGCUUGUCACCGCAUUUAAGUAAAAAUUUUCACAGAUUUUU